GAGUUUGAUUAGUUGAAAAAGCUAGGGGAUUUGGAUUUUAUUUGUUAUGUUGGUGCUCGCCGGCAUUGCAAAAUUGUGAGGUUUGUGUAGUAUUUUGUUUUAUAGUAAAAAAUUGAAUAAAAUACCGUAACCAUGGAUAAUUUAGAAGCAAAUAUUAUGGAUAAGUCCAUGAGAUCAGUGUUUGUGGGGAAUAUUCCUUAUGAGGCCACAGAAGAAAAACUAAAGGAUAUAUUCGGGGAAGUGGGUCAAGUUUUAUCAUUUAAACUUGUAUUUGAUCGUGAAACAGGCAAACCCAAGGGAUAUGGUUUCUGUGAAUACAGAGACCAAGAAACCGCCUUGAGUGCAAUGAGAAAUCUGAAUGGAUAUGAAAUCGGCGGUAGAAAUCUCAGGGUCGAUAAUGCCUGUACAGAAAAAUCCAGAAUGGAAAUGCAGAACUUGUUGAAUCAACCUCCUGUUGAGAAUCCUUAUGGAGAACCGAUUCAAGCUGAAAAAGCCCCUGAGGCUAUAAGUAAAGCUGUUGCCAGUUUACCUCCAGAACAGAUGUUUGAGUUGAUGAAGCAAAUGAAACAAACCAUACAAAACAAUCCAACUGAAGCCAGACAAAUGCUUCUACAAAACCCUCAAUUAGCUUACGCUCUACUCCAAGCUCAAGUGGUAAUGAAAAUAAUCGACCCCCACUCAGCAGUGACUCUACUGCACCCUUCAAACCAAGUACCGCAAACUUUGAUGCCUGGAGAUAAGAUACCGCACAUUCCCAUAAACCAAAGUUACGCGACGCCUUUACCGACCCCUGUACAGGCUCCCAGGCAGGAUUUUCAACCUGUACCACCUCCGAUUAUGCAUCAAAACAAUCAACCUGUCUUUACAGGUCAAGAUGUGGACUUGAGAUCGCUGGAUCCAAGGGGCGGUUCAGAUCCAAGACUAACGAGAGGGAUGGGGGAUCAAGACAUGAGGACUUUGCCUGCUCCAUUGGCCAAUCCAUUGCCUCCAGUGGGCGAAGGAUUUAACAGGGAUCCCAGGGGGUCCACAGCCAGUUUUCCGAACGACCCCAGGCAGCAAUCUCAAAGGGUCGACCCGAGGCAAAAAAAUAUACCACCCCCACAAAUACCACCCCAACCAAUCAGACCGCCUCCACAGGCAGUGCCAGCUCCGCCUCCAGUCCCAUCAAGGGCACAAAUUUCCCAUGCUGCCAACAGUCCAAAUAUUGGGCCUGCUGGGGCGUCAGACCAAGAAAAGGCUGCCCUCAUCAUGCAAGUCCUCCAAUUAUCCGACGAGCAAAUUGCGAUGUUGCCACCUGAACAGAGAAACAGUAUUUUGGUGCUUAAAGAACAGAUCGCAAAAAGUGCACAUCGCUAAAAAUUUAUUUUUAUUGUGAAACAACAUAUUUUACUUUCAAACUUAAUAAAGAACCUUUAUCUAUUG